GCUAAUGAUCAAGGGAACAGAACGACGCCGUCUUAUGUGGCGUUUACAGAUAAUGGACGUUUCAUCGGUGAUGCUGCUAAGAAUCAAGCUGCUAUGAAUCCUGUUAACACCGUUUUUGAUUCAAAGCGGUUGAUUGGCAGGACGUUUAGUGAUUCUACUGUUCAAAGUGAUAUGAAGCUAUGGCCGUUCAAGGUCAUUCCUGGUCCGGACAACAAACCACUUAUUGUAGUUACUUACAAAGGCGAGGAGAAACAAUUUGCAGCAGAAGAAAUUUCUUCAAUGGUUCUCACAAAAAUGAAGGAUAUUGCAGAGGCAUAUCUUGACACCCCCAUUAAGAAUGCUGUUGUGACUGUCCCAGCAAAUUGUACUGAAUCCCAACGUCAAGCUACAAUAGACGCUGGUGCUAUUGCUGGUCUAAAUGUGAUGCGUCUAAUCAACGAGCCUACGGCUGCAGCUAUUGCAUAUGGUCUUGACAAGAAGGCAACUUCUUGUGAAGGGGGGAUAGAAAAUGUUUUCAUUUUUGACCUUGGAGGUGGUACUUUUGAUGUUUCCCUUCUUACCAUUGAAGAAGGUAUCUUUGAAGUAAUAGCUACUGCUGGCAACACUCACUUGGGUGGUGAGGACUUCGACAACAGGAUGGUGAAUCACUUUGUUCAGGAAUUCAAGAGGAAGAACAAGAAAGAUCUCACUGGGAACCCAAAAGCCCUUAGGCGCUUGAGAACCGCAUGUGAGAGAGCAAAGAGGACUCUAUCAUCUACCAUCCAAACAGCAAUCGAACUUGAUUCUUUGUUUGAGGGUAUCGAUUUCUAUUCAAGCAUAUCCCGCUCACAAUUUGAGGAACUCAACAUCGAUCUCUUCAGUAAAUGUAUGGAACCAGUGGAGAAGUGCUUAAGAGAUGCGAAUAUGGAUAAAAGCACCAUCAAUGAUGUGGUUCUUGUCGGUGGAUCUACUCGAAUCCCAAAAGUGCAACAAUUGUUAAAGGAUUUCUUCAACGGUAAGGAGCUCUGUAAGAGUAUCAAUCCUGAUGAAGCCGUGGCCCAUGGUGCUGCUAUCCUAGCUGCAAUAUUGUCUGGUGAAGGUAACGUGAAAGUGCAAGACCUCUUGCUAUUGGAUGUCACUCCGAUAUCCCUAGGUUUAGAGACCAUUGAAGGAGCUAUUGGUUUGGAUAUCGUUGGUGGAGUCAUGACUGUGUUGAUUCCAAGGAACACCACACUUCCUACCAAAAAGCAGCAAGUAUUAUCUACCUAUUCUGACAAUCAACCUGGAGUUCUGAUACAAGUUUAUGAAGGGGAGAGAAUAAGCACAAGAGACAAUACCUUGUUGGGGAAGUUUGAACUGUCAGGCAUUCGUCCUGCCCCUCGAGGUGUCCCUAAAAUCAAUGUGUGUUUUGAUAUUGAUGCAAAUGGUAUCUUGUGUGUCUCUGCCGAGGACAUGGUUAGUGGCCAGAAGAACAAGAUGGAUAUAACCAAUAAUAAGGGGAGGCUGUCAAAAGUGGAGAUUGAGAAGAUGGUGCAGGAUGCUCGGAAAUAUAAGGCUGAAGAUAUGGAGCUUAAAAAGAAAGUCAUAGCAAAAAAUGGACUUGAGAACUAUGUCUACAACAUGAGGAAUAUCAUCACGGAUGAUAAGGGGGCCUCAAAGAUUCAUGGUGAUAAUAGGAAGAAGGUGGAGAAUGCCACCGAGCAGGCUUUGCAGUGGUUGGAUUCGAAUCAGCUUGCAGAGGUGGAGGAAUUUGUCGACAAGAUGAGAGAGCUGGAGAGUAUUUUCCUUGAGUGUUUGUCAUUGUGACAAUAUUAAAGCUGAUAUACAGCGUCAAGAAAUUUAUCAGCAUUACAUGCAUUAUGUUCA